AUGCUACUAUCAUUAGCUUGUAGUACUAUUUCUUGUUCUGGUACAAAGGAACAAGAAACGCUUAAUCGUGCAGAAGCAUUGAUGGAGUCCCAUCCAGAUUCAGCGUUGAUAAUAUUAUCUACCAUAGAUAAGGGGCAAUUAUCAGACAAAAACCAAAAGGCAAAAUACGCUCUUCUGAUGUCAAUGGCUCUCGAUAAGAACUAUAUCGACACCACAACAUUUGAUGUGCUUCAACCUGCCUGUGAUUACUAUAUAGAGAAAGGCACACCAGAUGAUAUGCUCCGGACUUACUAUUAUCGUGGUCGCAUAUUUCAAAAUCAGGGGGAUCAUGAUAAUGCCUUGAAUUCAUUUUCUAAAGGCCUUGACAACCCUCACUUAACAGACUCCCUGACUAUAGCUCGAACUUUAGUUGCUAUUGGAUACAUCUAUAAUGAAUUAUUCGACAUCGAUAGCUAUGUCUCUUACUCUUUGAAAGCAGCUGAUAUCUAUAAUGGUUUGGCUUUUAGGAAUCAGGAACUAGACUGCUUAUUCAAAGCAUUAGACGGAGCUAUAAUCUUGGGAAAUCAAUCUAUUGGCGACAGUAUAAUAAAUUCUAUUGAACAUUUUUCGUCGUUAGAUAGUAUCUCAAAGAAGUCCUUAACACGACUUCAAUUAUCGUAUGCCUUAAAAUUUGGGGCUACUGAUGAUAUAAAAGGCCUAAUACAUGAGCAAGAAGAAAAUUUAAGUUCACUGAAUGAUGCACUUAACCUUGCGUUAGCUUAUAAUAAGGUUGGCAACGACAAUAAAGCCUUUCAGUUACUGAACAUUGUUAAAAACAGUGGUCUUCCAUAUGACACGCUUAGGCAUUUAUCAAUAUCAGUACCCAUUUUUGAAGGUUUAGGAAAUUACAAAGACGCUUUAUCGUUGUAUAAACAAUACAGUCACAAGCAAGACUCUAUUGAUUUCCUUAAAUUUGAACAAGCCUCACGUUCUAUAGUAGAAAAACAUAGAAUAGAGCUUCAAGCACAAAAAGAUGCCAGACAUAAAUCUCGAAUUAUAUGGGGGUGCUUCGGAGGGAUUGCAGUCCUUUCUAUGGGAAUUUUAAUACUGUGUUUACUUGUUCGUAGUAAUAGGGCAAAGAAAGAACUUGCUCUUGAAAAAGUAAGGACUAAGGAGGCCGAAAACGCCAAACUAAAAUCUGAAAAAGAUAAUUUAGCUCUCGAGAAUAGGAAUCUUCAAUUGGAACGAGACAAGAAAGCACUCGAAGCCGAGAAUUUAGCUCAUAGAGUGGAAACUCUAGAAAAUGAAAGUGAUAGUCUCAAA